UUACCUCCUCCAUCCCCUCUCUUUCCUAACGAACCCAUACCAUCAUCAUCUUCUUCUUCUUCUUCUUCUUCUUCUUCUUCAAAAUGGAUAGCCUUGCCAAUGGCUUAGAGAACAACACUGAACUCACUCUUAAUCCUCUUGACCCUGAGGAAUUCAGGAGGCAAGGCCACAUGAUCAUCGAUUUCCUUGCCGACUAUUAUCGUGACAUCGAGAAGUACCCCGUCCGGAGCCAAGUCGAACCUGGUUAUCUCCAAAAACGUCUCCCAGACUCGGCCCCCAGUAACCCAGAACCAAUCCAAACAAUCCUCCAAGAUGUAGAAACUCAUAUCAUUCCAGGCAUCACACACUGGCAAAGCCCUAACUUCUUUGCUUACUUCCCUUCAAAUGUUAGCGUUGCAGGUUUUGUUGGCGAAAUGCUUACCUCUGGAUUCAAUGUCGUGGGAUUCAAUUGGUUGUCAUCACCGGCAGCGACAGAGCUCGAGAGUAUAGUUAUGGACUGGCUUGGGAAAAUGCUUAAGCUCCCUAACUCCUUCCUCUCCUCUGGCAAUGGUGGAGGUGUGAUACAAGGGAGUACCUGUGAUGCCAUCUUGUGCACACUCACAGCCUCUAGGCACCGCAUGUUGGAUAAGAUUGGUAGGGACAAUAUAGGGAAGCUAGUGGUUUACGGGUCGGAUCAGACCCAUUCUGCAUUUCAAAAGGCGGCCCAGAUUGCUGGUAUCCACUCGAAUAAUUUCCGACCCAUUGCUACCUCGAGGUCGACGGCAUUUGGUCUAUCGCCGGAUUCCCUCCGAUCAGCAAUUCUCGCCGACCUUGAAGCCGGGCUCGUUCCAUUUUUCCUAUGUGCCACAGUAGGCACCACAUCUUCAACUGCCGUGGAUCCGGUCGGCCCAUUAUGUGAUGUAGCGAAAGAGUUCGGGAUAUGGGUCCAUAUCGAUGCGGCAUACGCCGGAAGUGCAUGUAUAUGCCCGGAAUUCCGGCAUUUUAUCGACGGCGUGGAGAAUGCAGACUCAUUUAGUCUUAAUGCGCAUAAGUGGUUCUUCACUGCACUUGAUUGUUGUUGUCUUUGGGUUAAAGACCCUAGUGCCCUUAUUAAGGCCCUGUCCACAAAUCCUGAGUUCUUGAGGAACAAAGCUACGGAGACUAAUAAGGUCAUUGAUUAUAAAGAUUGGCAGAUAGCACUAAGCCGCCGGUUUAGGUCCAUGAAGCUGUGGCUUGUACUACGUAGCUAUGGUGUGACUAACCUUAGGAACUUCCUAAGGAGCCACGUAAAGAUGGCUAAGCAUUUUGAAGGGCUUGUGGGGAUGGACAAGAGGUUUGAGAUUGUUGUCCCUAGGACUUUCUCUAUGGUGUGUUUUCGACUCCUGUUGCCACCGGUCAUGAGGGCACAUGCAAAUGGUGAGCAAUUGAAUGAUGAGGAACGUGCAAAUGAGAUGAAUCGGAGGUUCCUUGAGUCGAUGAACUCGUCUGGUCGGCUCUACAUGAGUCAUGGUGUGGUUGGGGGAGUGUACAUGAUCCGGUUCGCUGUGGGUGCAACCCUAACGGAGGAGAGGCAUGUCAACAUAGCUUGGAAGUUGGUGCAAGAACAUGCAGCCGUUGUUCUCAAUAUGUAUUAAGGAGUCGGCCUCAGGAGAAAAGGCACCAAGGAAUGGAAAAACAUAUAAAUCUUCACAUCAGAAAAAAUGAGUUCGGAUCAAGUGCUUGUAUCAGAAUUUGGGUUUUCAUUCUAGUACAACGGACUAUAGAGGAUAUUGAUCUUUAAGAGGUGGACGUGUGUAACUGUUGGCAACAAAUUUCUUUUAAUCUCUCACAAUACUCUUGACUGUAUUAAUUUUUCCCAGGUGUGCCAGAAUCCUUCUUGAUUGGAUUCAAUGUAAUCUGAUUUCGAUCAAA